ACACAAAAGAAAAAUAGAAUUUCAGGCGCGCAAUCUCCGAAGACUAACGGGGGUGCUGUUUUAAAAACCGCUGGAAAGAAACGCCCGAGGGAAGAAGAAGAUAGUGAUGAAGAAGUUGCGGCUGAAUCCAUGCUUGAUUCUAAGCAAGUGAAAAAGUUAAAGAAGUUGAUUACGGAAGAUGGUGAUCACUCAGAUGAUGACUCGGUCCAAUUGGAAAACAGCGAUGAAGAUGAUGACGCUAGCGAUGAUGAUGUUGAAGACGAUAGCGAUGAGGACGAUGAUGAGGAGAAUGAUGACGACGAAGAGGACGAGGACGAGAACGAAGACAGUGACCAUGAUGGUGACACUGAUCAAGAGUUCCCAGAAAAAGUCGUCAAACCUGCAAAAGAGGCCAAAAAACCUAAACAGGAACCUAAACAAGAACUAGCUAAGAAAAAACAGACCAAAGAAACCACAGAGACAGCUACUUUCAAGCCAUCAAAUGCUAACGUUCUUCUCUUUAACAUCCCUCGUAUCAAUGAGAAUGACUUGCGCAAUUUCCUGACUAAGCGUGGCGUUCAGCCAGAAUCAGUGUCAUGCAUUAAUACGCCGGUGGCACUGAUUGGCUUGCCCAACGAGGCAGCAGCCAAAAAGGCAGUCACAUCGUGCUCGGGGACGGCUUAUGGCCAGGUCACUCUUGCGGCUGUUACGGUAAGCGGUGGCGAGGUGGCAAUGAUCCGGUCCUCCCACAAUCCUCAUCCUGGGAACCCGAACGCUCCCCUCACCUGUGUAUUCGCCACGUUCAUCCCCAAGACAGUUACGCAGGAAGAAAUUCUGAAUGUAAUUGCAAUAGAGCCAAAGAACAUUCGGCUUAUGACUUCUGGUCCAAAAAAUAAGGUAUCUAACGCUUGCUACAUCGAUUGUCACUCUGAGGCCGAUGCCAAGAAAGCAUAUGAGGCUCUCCAGGGUCGUCAAAUGGGCAGCAAUCGUAUUAAGGCAUUUCUAAAGCCUCAAAAUAACUUCAGUCCACUCACUGAAGAGUCGCUGGUUGUAACUAAUGUCCCAUUCUCGGCCGGUGUGGAGGAAAUGAAAAAAGAAUUUCCAACUGCCCAGAAAAUAGAAUUUUCUCGCAAGGGGUCCUUCAUGUUAACUUUCGCCACUGCAGAGGCCAGGAAUAAGGUUCUUGCUGAGGCGGAAGGCAAGGUGAUGGAUGGUCGCGCUCUGCGUAUCAUCACGUCUGAAAAACGCAACUCCGACUUCUCCGUUUUUGUCGCAAACCUGCCAUUUACUGUUACAGUGGAGGAAGUGAAAGCCGCCUUCCCUCAGUCCAAGCACGUUCAACUACAAAGGAAUAAAGAGGGCCGUUGCAACGGGACCGCGAUCGUGUCCUUCGCAUCCAAGGAGGCCGCUGAGGCUGCUGUGAAGGAAGGAUCCACCAAGGAGAUCAAGGGAAGAGGGCUGCGCGUUAAGCUACAAGACGGUUCGGCUUCCUCGCCUAACAAGCAAGAAAAGAAACAGGAAAAGCCACUAAAACCGCAAGCACAACAGAAACAAGCAGAAAAGAAGGUAGAAUUACCGGCUCAAGUAGGCAGUGAAUCUGAAGAUGAGGAUCAUGAGGAGGCUGACUCGGAAGAUGAAGAGGAAAGCGAAGGCGAGGAUGAUCAGGAUGUUGCCGAAGAAAGCGGCGAUGAUGAUGAGGAUGAUGAUGACGAAGAGGAAGAAAAGUCGGAAAGUGAAGAAGAGGCUGAAGAGCCCGCAGCGAAGCGCCCGAAACAGGAGGAAAGUGGCAAUUUUAAACCAAAACAACGCAAUGAUGGAAAGCCAGGCGCUCGUGGCCGUGGCGGUCAAUUUAACUUCCGUGGCGGUCGUGGCGGAGGCUUCCAACAACGAGGCGGUCGUGGUGGAGGCUUCCAGCAACGCGGGGGUCGCGGAGGCAAACCCCAAGGAGGGCGUGGGGGCGCAUUCAGAAGGCGCUAA